UGUUCGGGGGAUUAUUUUGGUGUGCUCUUAAUAUUACACUUUGAAAAUCGUUUAAAAGUAAAUGCCUUAUGUUCACGAAUAAAAUUAUAUUACCUAUUAUCAAGAUUCCUUUUCCUUAGUUCUCUAGGCAACUGAAAAAUUCGAGUUUUUAUUGUGCUUCCAACAAGAAUUAUUUUUAGCAGUGCUUCGAGCUGUUUUCGAGACGUGAGGUGAAAGUGGAAGUGCCUUUUCGGAGAAAGUUUUGUUGGGGGAUUUCUUCGUGGUCGUCACUAAAUCAUUAAAAUAUUUCGAUAUAAGACUGUUAUGUUGAAAAUAAAAUACCUCUGUGGAAAAUGUUGACAGUGAUGUGUCCAAACUGUCGUCACCGAUUCCCAGCUCCUGGUUGCUGUGAACUUCAAAAUAUGAAUGAAGAUAAUACUCUAAUUCAUCAAGCAACCUGCUAUUAUGGUGGCCUGCUAGUUCCUAAAGGCUACACAAGUGGUGGUGGCUGUUUUAUAAAUGCGCCAACCAUAAUUCAUAGUCAACCUAUUAUCAAUUCUUUCAACUAUCCGUCAAUGACACUUGAUUUGGAGAAACCAAGAAUUAAUAAGCAAAAGGAAUGUUUUCUUCAGAGGUCCAAAAAAAAUAUGCAAAGUUUUGAAUUUCCAAUCAAUAAAGAAGGUCAACAAAAUCAAGGUUCUGGAUGUCAAAUUAUCACAAGCUGUGACUUAACUGGAGGAAGUGUUACAAUAACAACACCAAGCAUACAAUCUGGAGGCUGCUUGAUUCAAAGUACAGACUCUAGCAUUCUCAUGCAAACACCACAUGUGGAAAUCCGUCCAAAAUUGUCUGGUGGUGGAUGUUUUAUGCAAAAAACAUUAUCAACAGAAAAUCAAGAAGCUUCUGUUAUACUUCCUGAACAUAAAAAUCAACAGGAAGGUGUGAAUCAGAAUGAAAGAACGUUUUUACUACCUCCAAGUGGAUGCCAAGAACUACCAGGGAUUCGAAGAAAUAUGUUACCACAGGAAACUGUUGUAGGAAAUUUUACAGAUGCUAAUUGUGAAGAGAAACCAGUUUUUUCAAGUUUUCAAGUGACCAAUGUGCCAGUGAUGCAAUUUCAACAAGCUAAAAGUUCUAAAAAAGGCGAACAAGAAUUGGAACAAAACAAAAAUUUCAAUUGCUGUUGUAAUAAUGUUCAAAAUCUUUAUCAUGUUAAAUCAAACAGCCUCCCAGUUUCUGAAAAUCAUAAUUCUGUAGUUUUGAAUUCUAAUCCAGGAGUACAGAUUCAAGUAAAUGCAACUGUACAGCUUCCUGCAAGUUUAGGACAAUGUACAGUAAAUAUAACUGCUACUACUACAAAUUCUCCUAAUUCUGCAUCAGGCAUAACUGCAAAAACUAAAAACAAUUUCAAUGGUGGAGGUUUGGUGCAGGAAAAUGAAACUCAGAAUGACGAAGAAAAUUUUGAAGAAAGCAGGGAUAGAACUCCCACUACACCAAUUUCGUGGUUGAUGCCAUGUCCCUGGAGUUUUGACAGUUAUAUGAUGGACCGGGAUGCGGCUAGACUGAGUAAAGUUAAAAGACUUUUACAAACUUGUGGUUGGUAUCAUGAAGGCCUUAGUUGGCAGCAAAGUGAAAAUUUAUUAAAAAAUGCUGCAGUUGGCAGAUGGCUAAUGAGGGAUAGUUCAGAUAGUAGAUAUAUGUUUGCAGUAUCCGUGCAAACUGCUAGAGGACCUACCUCUGUUCGAGUUCACUAUUUUGUAGGGCAGUUUCGAUUAGAUGCUGAACCUAGUCUUGCUUUUGCAAUCCCCCUUUUUGAUUGUCCAAUCAAAAUGCUAGAGUAUUAUGUGGAGUAUUCAAAAAGUGUUGAUGAACAUAGAAAAGAGGUUUGGGUAGAUUAUAGUGGACAACUUUAUAGUCCAAUUUAUUUGACAAAGCCUUUAGUUAAAGAAGUUAGGUCUCUUAGUCAUUUGGCCAGGUUAGUUGUUAAUAGGUACAAACUACUCACUGAGCACUUGCCACCAUUAAUUAGAAAUUAUUUAGCAGAAUACCCAUAUACUCUUUGA